UCAGUGUUGUUUUUACUAUGCGAAGCCAUUUUAGCACAGCCAUACUCGCUAACAGCGAACCAGUCUAUUCUGACAGCAAGCUACUAGACCCUGAUUUCCUCACUAGCUACAGCAAAAUGACGGACCUCGGCAGACCAUAUUCGGAUAACGUCUCAUCCUCACAAAGUGAAAAUUUCAACAGAGCAUAUUCAGAGGAGGAUCCUUCAGAAAUUCACAAUGAUGACAAUACUGAGGACUCUAGCUACUCCCCUUAUAAACAGAGCUGUUCAGCCAAGCAGAAGGACAACAAGGAUGCCGAGAAGAUGAAAAAAAGUGCUUUUCUUAAAUCUUGGACUGGUCUGUUUAAGAAAUGGAAGAAAACUGAUUCUGAAUCGCAUUCCACAACCUCAGGGGGACUUAAAAUACUACCCAACGGCACAAGAUGUAGUCCGCCUGUUUCUCUAUUGCUGGACAGAAAACAUUGGGAUGCUAUUACUGGUGACCUCAAGUAUGACACUCUUGAAUCUGAACUGACCAGUAUCCAUCCGGCAGAGUACUAUGCUGAGAAGCUAGAGGUAUACCAGUUAAAAUACUCUUACCUGAAGUCUUGGCCCGGCCUUUUAAGACUACUUGCUGGCCUUCAACUUGUGUUUGGUGGGAUGGUUUUUGCCUGUGUAUGUGCGUAUAUUCAGAGAGACAGUGAGUGGUCCAACUAUUACAGACCAAAUUAUGGGUUCGUUGGUGCACAAGGUUACCGUUACAAUGGCCCCCUGACAGCCUUUGUGUUGGUCAUUGUUGGACUCUCAUGGAUACUGACCGUUAUCCUGCUGGCUUUGGGACUAACAAUGUAUUACAGAACGAUCCUACUGGAUUCCAAAUGGUGGCCUCUUACUGAGGCUGUUAUGAAUCUAGUCCUUUCGCUACUUUACAUGGCAGUGGGUAUCGUCUAUGUGAAUGAUCUGAAUCGUGGUGGGCUUUGCUUCAUGACAGUCGGCAUCAACCCAAUCCUGUCUAAUCUGUGUCAUGUUGAGGGGGGUCAGAUGGCUGGGACUGCGUUUAUAUUCAUUAACAUGGUCAUGUACUUGAUAAGCUUCCUGGUGUGCCUUAAAAUGUGGAAGCAUGAAGCUGCCCGCCGUCACAGGGAGGCCAUGACAAGCCAGCUGAACAGCCAGCAGCAGACUCUGAAAUCCACAUCCAAUAUGGGCAGCUCCUCGACUAGAUCCAAGAAAAUUUCAUUCAAAGAUGAAAUGGAUCAAAGCACUGUGAAUGAGAUCAUUCUGGCUUAUGUCUCAGAGAGAGCUGAAGAACGAAAGAUUUUAACUGGAGCUAUUCCAGUGGGACACAUUCCUAAACCCAGAGUUGUCGCUGAUUAUAUUAUAAAAUAUCCUGAAAUUCAUUCCGUAGAGGACAGAGAGCAAUACAAAGCAGUCUUUAAUGACCAAUACCUGGAGUACAAGGAACUGCACAGGGAGAUCACAGCCACUUUAAUAAAGUUUCAGGAAUUAGACAGCAUGAUGAGCCAACUCAUCAAUAACAGGAGAAGCCCUGAGGAUAGCAAGAGAAUCAUGGAAUUAGUGAGAACAUAUGAUCAAAAAAAGAAUGAUCCACACUUUCUGGAGAAGAAGGAACGGUGUGAAUAUCUGAAAGCAAAACUAAGCCACAUAAAGAUGAGAAUUCAUGAUUUUGAUAGAAAUUUCACUGUGAAUGACAGUAAUUACUAA